AUGCUCUGGUGCUGUGAGGACGUGAAGAAGGAGGCGCUCUCGCUCGGGCCCUGCGGUCCGUGCCCUCCGUCUCCUCAUACGGAGGGCUACGAAAGCUCCGGCACGCAGACUCCAAAGACCAAGGCUGUUUCGGAGAGCUCCUCCGAGAGCGGCGGUGGCUCCGAGCAGAUGGAGCGGGUCUUCUCCUUGAGCGCCCUGGACGCCCUGCUGCAGGACCCUCUGGAGAAGGCGGACUUGCGCUCGCAUUUACAGUCGGAGCAGCUGGACAAGCGGCCCAAGUACACGUCGCAGCACUUGGACACGCCCGUGGUGGUCGUGAGUUCGGAAGUGAACCCCUGGUCCAAGACCGGGGGCUUGGCCAUGGUGGCGGGCAGUUACGGCUACGAGUUUGCCAUGCGGGGCCAUCGGACCAUGGUCGUCUCGCCCCGCUACGGCGACUACAAGGACGCCGUCUACGUCGGCUACGCUAAGAUCUGGCUCGACGGCCGCGAGCACGAGGUCCGGUACUUCCAUCUCUACCAGGACCUGGGAGAGGGAAAAGGGACGGACUACAUCUUCGUGGAGCACGAGAGCUACCAUCGAGGUGGUCUCUACUGCGACCGGGACGGGAAGGAGUACGUGGACAACUUGUUCCGCUAUGCCUUACUCACCGUCGCUGCCAUGGAAGCACCCUUAGUGCUCAAUCUCAGGGGCUCAACCUAUGGUCAGGAUGUGCUUUUCAUUGCGAACGACUGGCAGACGGGACUGCUGCCCGUCUACCACCUCUACAAGUAUCGCCGAAACCGCACCUAUCUCAACUCCCGCUGCGUCUUCGUCAUUCACAACAUCGGCUACCAGGGCAAGUACCGGCUCAGCAAAUUCCCCCUCGACAGCUAUUUGGGGCUUCCACCGGAGGCCAUCGACCUGUUGCAGGGCGAGGAUCUGAAUUUGGGUGUGGACUGCAUGAACCUUAUGUCAGCCGCCAUCUUGGCAUCCGACCGAGUGCUGACGGUGAGUCCGAACUACGCCGUCGAAGUCCAGAGCCCGGAGGGCGGCCAGGGCUUGCACGAGAUUCUCACGGAGAAGGGACGGCAGCUCCGCAUGGCCGGGAUUUUGAACGGCAUCGCAGACGAGUGGGAUCCCAGGACGGACCCACAUAUUCCCAGAAACUAUGGCUUGUCGGACUUCUUGGAAGGCAAGGCACAUUGCAAGAGCGAUUUGCAGCGUUCCUUGGGUCUCCACGAAGACCCCGGAGCUGCUUUGCUGGGCUUCUGUGGUCGUUUGUGCUUUCAGAAGGGCGUGCACCUGAUCACGCAAGUGAUCCCUUGGCUCCUCACCUACGAGAACUCUGGCGUCCUGGGCCGGGUCCAGGUGAUCUUGAUGGGCAAGGGCGACGACCUCUACGCCUCGCAGCUCUCCAACGCCGAGAACACCAACCGAGGCCGCGUCUGCGGCUACGUGGGCUUCGACCCCAAAGUGGAGCAUCGCAUGAUGGCGGGCUGCGACUUCCUGCUGAUGCCAAGCCAGUACGAGCCCUGUGGCCUUCCACAGAUGUAUGCACAGGCCUACGGCACCGUGCCUGUGGUCCACGAGACAGGAGGCUUGAAGGAUUCGGUGCUGGGCCUCUGGGACGAGGAGAGGGAUAGGAGCACCGCCACAGGGUUCCUCUUCUCGGGCUUCGAGGAGAACAACUUCAAGGAGAAACUCUACCAGGCGCUGGAGGUGUAUCACAAGAAGCAGGACCUGUUCAGGCAGAUCCAGCAGAACGGCCUGCAGAAGAACUACUACUGGCCGCAGGUGCCAACCCCGCAAAGGGCCAAAGAGGAGAGAGGAGAGCUCUUCCGCAUCCGAAGGCCAUCGACGAGUAUGAGCGGCACCUGGACUGGACACUGGAGGGGCCGCUGGCCUUCGGAUGAAAGUGUGACCUUCGGAGUUUCUUCCGAUGCCUUUCGAUUCGCUCACCUUAGGGCGGCCGUUAGGGCAUGGGCCGCAUGGGCCUAG